CCCUUGAAGCUAGAAAGGCAGGCCUAAAGUGAGUAGGAGCAUUCUGAGAAAUGGAAACUUAAAAAAGGCGGCAACCUUCUAGUUUCAUUCUCAGAAAUACCAAAGCAGCCUUUUUCCUGGGCUUGUUUUUCUGCAGAGAGCUCAGAUUUGAGAGCCAUUUCUAGCCUUUGAGAGUUACCACUGUCUUCAGCCAAACUGCAGGGACUCCUAAGUAUAUCAGAACUCCUGGAACUUUCUCAUCUUUUCAGCAUCUCAACCCUGUGGAAUCUUUUAAUUCUCAAGUGCUACCAGGACAUUUGCGAUGUACUCUGGAAUCCCUCUGGAAGGAGCUGUCCUCACGGCAUGAAGGAUUAGAGGAGUUAAUAAAUAAGCAAACACAACCUUUCUCCUGGGGAAUUGUGAUCCUCUCUAGAAGCUGGGCUGUGGACCUGAAUUUGCAGGAGAAGUCAGGAGUCAUCUGUGAUGCUCUGCUGAUAGCACAGAACAGCCCUGGUAGGGCCAGGACUACUGCACUUGCACUGCUCUUACACUGAAGCAGAACCUGGUGAACCUGGGGGGCUACACCAGGAAGGUGUGUGUCAGGGCCAAGGUCCUCUGCCUGAGUCCUGAGAGCAGCGCAGAGGCCUUGGAGGCUGCAGUGUCUCUGAUGGAUUACCCCACGUCCUAUAGCCUUGCAGGCACCCAGCACAUGGAAGCCCUGCUGCAGUCCCUCGUGAUUGUCUUGCUUGGCUUCAGGUCUCUCUUGAGUGACCAGCUUGGCUGUGAGGUUUUAAAUCUGCUCACAGCCCAGCAGUAUGAGAUAUUCUCCAGAAGCCUCCACAAGAACAAAGAAUUGUUUGUCCAUGGCUUACUUGGCUCAGGGAAGACCAUCAUGGCCAUGAAGAUCAUGGAGAAGAUCAGGAAUGUGUUUCACUGUGAGGCACAUGGAAUUGUCUACGUUUGUGAAAGUCAGUCUCUGAGGAACUUCAUCAGGUGCAAGUUCAACAUGGAGGCAAAUCACUGCUCCCUGGGUGUGGAUCUAUCUUACCCAGACCUGGUCAUCGAUGUCGGAGAAGUGACUCUUGGAGAAGAAAACAGAAAAAAGUUGCAGAAAACUCAGAGAAACCAAGAGAAGGCGAGAGUUAUACAGGCUGCGUGUGCUUUAUUAAACUCAGGAGGAGGAGUGAUUCGGAUGGAAAUGGCCAACAAGGAUGAGCGUCCCAUAGAGAUGGGACUGGAUUUAGAAGAAUCCUUGAGAAAUCUUAUUCAGGAUCAAUGUUUGCAGGCUUUCUUUGAGACUAAGCAACAAGGAAGGUGUUUUUACAUUUUUGUUAAAUCUUGGAGCGGUGACCCUGUCCCUAAACAUGGUUCUUUCAAUUCCCGCAUUUGCAGCCUUAGUACUUCAUUAUACUGUAGAUCUGGCACCUCUGUGCUUCCCAUGAGUUCAAGACAGGCAUUCGAUUUCCUGAAGACCAAAGAAAGACAGUCCAAAGAUAAUCUGAUUAAUGAAGGGUCUCCACCUAGUAAAAUUAUGAAAGCUGUAUACCAGAACGUAUCUGACUCAAAUCCUGCAUAUAAAGUUUUCCAAACCGACACUAUUGAAUAUGGUGAAAUCCUAUCUUUUCCUGAGUCUCCAUCCAUCGAGUUUAAACAGUUCUCUACAGAAUACAUCCAACAAUAUGUAGAAAAUAUAAUUCCAGAGUACAUCUCUGCAUUUGCAAACACUGAGGGAGGCUAUCUUUUUAUUGGAGUGGAAGAUAAGAGUAGGAAAGUCCUGGGAUGUGCCAAAAACAAAGUUGACCCUAACUCUUUGAAAAAUGUAAUUGCAAGAGCAAUUUCUAAGUUGCCCAUUGUCCAUUUUUGCUUUUCCAAACCUCCGGUAGAGUGCAGCACCAAAAUCAUAGAAGUGUUUCGCGGGAAAGAGUUGUAUGGUUAUCUCUGUGUGAUUAAAGUGAAGGCAUUCUGUUGUGUGGUGUUCUCGGAAGCUCCCAGGUCAUGGAUGGUGAAACAGAAGUAUGUCUGUCCCCUGACAAUUGAGGAAUGGUUAAAGAAAAUGAUGGACGCAGAUCCAGAGUUUCCUCCAGACUUUACUGAGGCCUUUGAGUCUCAGUUGAGUCUAUCUGACAGUCCUUCACUUUGCAGACCAGUGUAUUCUAAGAAAGGUCUGGAACACAAAGCAGAUCUACAACGACAUUUAUUUCCAGUCUCACCAGGACAUUUGCGAUAUACUCCAGAGUCCCUCUGGAAGGAGCUGUCCUCACAGCAUGAAGGGCUAGAGGAGUUAAUAAACAAGCAAGUGCAACCUUUCUCCCAGGGAAUUGUGAUCCUCUCUAGAAGCUGGGCUGUGGACCUGAACUUGCAGGAGAAGCCAGGAGUCAUCUGUGAUGCACUGCUGAUAGCACAGAACAGCACCCCCAUUCUCUACACCGUCCUCAGGGAGCAGGAUGCAGAGGGCCAGGACUACUGCACUCGCACCGCCUUUACUUUGAAGCAGAACCUGGUGAACGUGGGGAGCUACACCGGGAAGGUGUGUGUCAGGGCCAAGGUCCUCUGCCUGAGUCCUGAGAGCAGUGCAGAGGCCUUGGAGGCUGCAGUGUCUCCGAUGGAUUACCCCGCAUCCUAUAGCCUUGCAGGCACCCAGCACAUGGAAGCCCUGCUGCAGUCCCUCGUGAUUGUCUUGCUUGGCUUCAGGUCUCUCUUGAGUGACCAGCUUGGCUGUGAGGUUUUAAAUCUGCUCACAGCCCAGCAGUAUGAGAUAUUCUCCAAAAACCUCCGCAAGAACAGAGAAUUGUUUGUCCAUGGCUUACCUGGCUCAGGGAAGACCAUCAUGGCCAUGAAGAUCAUGGAGAAGAUCAGGAAUGUGUUUCACUGUGAGGCAGAGAGAAUUCUCUAUGUUUGCGAAAACCAGCCUCUGAGGAACUUUAUCAGUGAUAAAAAUAUCUGCCAAGCAGAGACCCGGAAAACUUUCAUGAGAGAAUACUUUGAUCACAUUCAACACAUCAUCAUUGACGAAGCUCAGAAUUUCCGUACUGAAGAUGGGGACUGGUAUGGGAAGGCAAAAACUAUCACUCAGAGAGAAAAAGAUUGUCCAGGAGUUCUCUGGAUCUUUCUGGACUACUUUCAGACCAGCCACUUAAGUCGUAGUGGCCUUCCCCUUCUCUCAGCACAGUAUCCAAGGGAAGAGCUCACCAGAGUAGUCCGCAAUGCAGAUGAAAUAGCCGAGUACAUACAAGAAGAAAUGCAACGAAUCAUAGAAAAUCCUUCAGUUAAUAUCCCCCAUGGGUAUCUGGCAAUUCUCAGUGAAGCUAAAUGGGCUCCAGGUGUUUCAGGUAGCAAAAUAAUUAUUGAAAACUGGACUGUGGAGCAAAUAGUGACCUAUGUGGCAGACACCUGCAGGCUCUUCUUUGAAAGGGGCUAUUCUCUUAAGGAUGUUGCUGUGCUUGUCAGCACCACGAGAGAAGUGGAACGCUAUUGGUAUGAGCUCUUGAAAGCACUGAGGAAGAAAAGGAUUGUGCAUCUCAGUGACGCGUCUGAUAUCUUGGGUGAUCACAUUGUUUUGGACAGUGUCCGGCGAUUCUCAGGCCUGGAAAGGAACAUAGUGUUUGGGAUCCAUCCAAGGACAACUGACCCAGCUAUCUUACCCAAUAUUCUGAUCUGUCUGGCUUCCAGGGCAAAACAACACCUAUAUAUUUUUCUGUGAAGUGACUAGUAUGAAGAACUUCAAACCAAAAUGCUAUGUACAUGUCUAUGGGUGACAGUCUGCUGAUGGUAGAAACCUUUCUUUUUAGUUCACAAGUCGGUUAGAGAUUUGGACAGAGCUGACACAAAGAGUUUGGAGCUCCCCCAUUUCUGGCUCUCCUUUCAGAGAUUCCUCCCCCAGCUCUUUUCACCAGCGGUGGUUGCCCCCCAUUCUGACCCCUGACUCUUCCAGUCAGAAAGAAACUUUAAAGUUUUCUAAAGGAACUUUAGCUGUCCUGCACAAUGCAUAUCUGUGUCUUGCAGUCUGGGUAAAAGCCAUAAAAAUAAGAAACUCAGCCUGUGACCUUUCCUCCAAGGCUGGAGUUCUUUUUUUAUGUGACUUCAUGUAGUUUGUUGCUUUUAAAAAUUUGUCCAGAAUCGUUUUCUGCAGAAGCAUGGUCUGUUAGUAGCUUACAGGCCUAGCAGAAGCAAUUGUUUCCUGAAUUCUUGACAUUUAUCUUUGCUGUAUUCAUUUAGGGCUUGGGAGAGUCCCAAGAUAAUUCAGUCACUGUCAGAGUAAUAAUUUUGUCAGAACAAAGAAUAUCGUUAUGAUUACUUAAUCCUUAAAAUUGUGAUCUCCAGAGCUUGUUCUCAGAAUGACCCAGACCAAGGCUUAAUUGUAAUAGUGAACAUUAAUGGUACCUUUACAGAAAAUUAUAGGCCAAGAGAAAAUCCUGGCUUUUAGUAGAAGUUAAUAUUAGAGACCAAAAUCUGGUUCUGAAGGUGUAUAUCAGCCCUAAGGUGAACGAACUUGGGAAAGAUUGUCUUUAAAAAUCAAUAAGUGUUGGCCGGGCACAGUGGCUUACACCUGUAAUCCCAGCACUUUGGGUGGCUGAGGCAGGUGGAUCACCUGAGGUUAGGUAUUCAAGACCAGCCUGGCCAACAUGGAGAAACCCCGUCUCUACUAAAAAUACAAAAAGUAGCUGGGCGUGGUGGUGCAUGCCUAUAUCCCAGCUACUCAGGAGGCUGAAGCAUGAGAAUCACUUGAAUCUUGGAGGCAGAGGUUGCAAUGAGCUGAGAUCAUGACACUGCACUCCAGCCGGGGCAACAGAGUGAGACUCUGUCUCAAAAAGAAGAAGAAAAAAAGCAGUGAGUUUAUGUUGUUAUGUUGUAACAUCUCAGCUUAGCUCUAUGCAUUAAUCUAUAGCAUACCUACUUAAGUUUUAUGUCAUUCUUGAACUGUGAUUUUUUUUUCUAUCUGCUUUCAUAGUUUGGUGGGCCACUGUUAUGGACUGAAUGUUUGUGUCCCACUCUCACCCCUAAAUUCCCAUGCUGAAGCCCCAGCCUUCAGUGUGUAGCUGGGGCUGCUAAGGAAGUAAUUAAGGUUACACAUAGUCACAGUGGAGAAUCUGAUCUGCCAAGAUUGGUGUCCUUAUAGGGAGAGACCCCAGAGAACUUGUUCCCUUCCUCCCUGUGCACACAGACAAGAGGGCAUAGGAGCACACAGAGAGAUGGCAGCCACCUACAAGCUAGGAGGGGAAGCCUCAUAAUGAACCACCCCCCGCUGGCACCUCUGUCUUGGACUUCCAGCCUCCAGACUGUGAGAAAUAAAUUUCUGUUGGUUCAGCCGCCCAGUCUGUAGUGUUUUGUUAUUGCAGCCUGAGAACACAGCUGUAUGAUCAUUCAUCAAACUAAAAACACUGAUACUUAACAAUGCUAAUGCAAUUACUUAUUUGCUUUUCAGUCUCUACAAAACAUUCUAAAACACUAAUCUAAAUACUAACAAUAAAAUUUUGCAUAACUAAUGAAAAUUAAGAAACUACAUGCCCAGUAUUCCAUUUAUGAGUAAUCCUAUUUGACUGAUUUCCCUCCAUAUUAUAAGUUUUGAACUCUUCUGCCGGUCUUCCUCUUACUUGUGUUAACUCAUGGAAUUGCGGUUAUCUAGCCUUGAAAUUGUAGGCUCUUCUAACUUGAGCAAAAACUGACGGAUCAGCAAAAUAAGGAGAAAAAUAUUUCUUUCUUCUGGUUGCAUUAAAUGAGAUAUAGCCCAGCACCAAAACUCUAUCUUUGUAAAUGUUCUUAGUAAACUCCCUGGUCUUUGGAGUUACUUCAGCCUUUGAGAGUAAUUCUUUAAAAGUCUAAUUCUGACUGGUUGAGUCUCUCUAUAUGAUUUAUUGGCCUAGUAAUAUUUGAAACAGUAUCAUAUUUUAAAAUGUAUAAACACUUAUGAAUUUUUGUUUAGACCAAACAGGAUUACUAAUGCUUUCUUUUUUCAUAUUAACGAGGAAAUGUUUAGCUUAUAUGUUUAUUACAUUUCUGUUUUAAAUAAAAAAUUGAGAGUUUGUGUCUCAUUAAACUGGAAAAAAAAAGGUUCUGUAAAAUAAAUGAUUAAAUGGAGGAAAAGGAGAAGACUGAGGCCAACAACUCCAUGACACAGCCAAAAAUGAGCCAGUAAAAGGUUAAGCAAGAUUAACUUUAAUUUUUGUUUUAAAGAGAAAAGGUCUCACUAUGUUGCCCAGGCUGGGGGGUAGUGGUGUGAUCAUAGUUCACUAUAGCCCUGAACUCCUGGGUUCAAGUGAUCCUCUUGCCUCAGCCUCCCAUUGCUGGGAUUAUAGGCAUGAGCCACUGUGUCAGGCUUAAUUGGGUUUUGAUGGGUGCCUGCCUCUCUCUGUGAUCUGGCUCUAAUCAUACAGGACCUGUUUCAUUAAAGAUCUGAAAAUCUACCCAGCCAUUGUAAAAUGAAACAAAAUGCUUUUAAAAUUUAAAUUAGCCUUUUAUUUUAGUUUAGAAGAACAGAAAAGUUGCAAACAUAGUACAGAAAGUUCCUGUAUACCCUCACUUAGCUCCCUCCUUUUUAAAACAAACAAACAAACAAACAAACAAACAAACAAACCUAGA